CCCUCCACUUCGUCGCCCAGUGGGUUCUUGUCUCUUUGCGUUCUUGCUUGCUGGCCUGCUCGUUAUUAAUAUCGACCCUCCGCCGGGCUCCAGUGGUUCCAGUGCGCUACGGGUUUUAUUUGGAUUUCUCGACCAUCAAGACGGACCAUCACCCCUGGGCUGCGUGGCCUUCACCAAGACACCCAGUGCUCAUCCAACCCGCUCACAAUGGCGCCCACUCCAUCUGAAGUGUUUUCCUACAUGGCCAACCGCGCCGACAAGGGCGGUGCCCCCGUCCCCAUCGGUGGCGACAUCAUGGGUCUCCUCGUCGCUCUCGCCUCCAUCUCCGUCCUGUCCAUCUGUCUCUACCAGAGAUGUACUGCUAUCAAAGUAUGGAACAGUCUACCGUUGGUUGUCUGGCUUGUGUUCGCUAUCUACAUCGACUCCAUGCUUUUCGUCAUCGUCACAGCCAUUUUGCAGCAAAUUUUUGGCGUUAAUUCCAGCUAUGCCAUGUGCCACGGCGCCAUUCUCCUCUGUCUCGUCUGCUACGUCACCACCAAGAUUUUCAUUUAUCUUUUUCUUGUCGAGAAGGCUCACAUCAUUCGUGGCAGUCCCAAGAAACGCCUGGAAUCGAAACUGUACUGCUUCAAUUCAUUCGGCAUGCUCGGUCUCUACACCGUUGUCGUAAUUCUCAACUUCAUCUUCCGAAUUGCCAAAAUCGAGAACGGAGUUUGCAUCAUCGGCAUGCAGAGCAUCUCCAUGAUCCCCCUUAUCACCUUCGACGCCAUUGUCAACAUCUAUCUUACCAUCCUUUUCCUUAUCCCUCUAAAGAACCUGUACUCGUUCAAGAACAUGCCCAAGACCCCGGCCAACGAACGUCUAAAGAACGUUGCCUUCCGUACUUUUGUCGGUUCUUGCUGCACCCUUGUCAGCAGCAUUGUCAACUUGAGCGUCCUGCUGGCCCUUGACGGAGAGCCCGGCUGGGUUUGCCUCAUGUGCUGUAACGCCGACAUUCUCUUCUCUGCCCUCGUCAUCCAGUGGGUCACCUCUAAGGACAACGCUGGCUCGGGCAGUCCAAACAACACCAACAACUACAACCACGGCAACGAGAACGGCAGCCGCGGACCCCGCGACCCUCACUCGUCUUCACACCAAAUGAACACCAUGCCUCAGCCUCCGCCCUCACCCCACGGCACCGACGCCGAGAUUUCACUCGUCGCCACGGCCACAGCGCAAUCAUCUGACGACGGCCGCGAUCUGGACAUGGCCAAGGUGACGAGCGCCGGCGCCGGCGGCGUUGUCGUUACCACGACUAUCCACCGCCAGAGCCGGCCCACGAGUGGCUUCGGGCUCGAUAUGGACGGCAACAAGCUCGACGACGACGACGAAGCCAACUACGGCUACCCACCCCGUCCUCCAAGCUACGGCGUCCACCACCACGAGAUUCCCGAGCCACCCCGAACCCGCAUUACCGGUGGCAAGUCCGAAUCCCGCAGCUAAAGACUCUACCGCAGUCCUCCGCCUUGAGGGGGUCGCAAUUCAUCUCUACAAGUGUGGGAUUUGUUUUUGGGGUUUUCUAGAGCUUCCUGCGGGAAAGUAGACACGGAGUUUGUGGCGGCC